UCCGCUCUCUGCGCACCAAUGGCUGAAGGUUUGAAGGACGACGGCAAACCCCAUCUAAUCUUCACCUACGGCACACUCAAACAAGGCUUCCACAACCACAAGCUAACGCAGGACCUUAUCAAUCACGACGACGCCGUUUUGUUAGGCCCCUACAUCACCCGCCAUUCUUACCCGCUCGUCUGUGGACCCUACGGAAUCCCCUACCUGAUCAACCUCCCCGGGUCCGGUCACCGGGUCAAGGGCGAGCUCUACUCCGUGUCGACCCGAGGACUCGCUCGACUCGACGAAUUGGAGGGCACGAGCAUCGGGCACUACGAGCGGCUACCUGUUGAUGUGAUGAAUGCCGACGACGACAUCGUUUCGGUGGAGGCUCAGGCGUAUUACGCGCACAGAAGCUUUGGGCCUGCGAUGUGGGAGAGAAUUGGGAAGGCGGGUUUGAGUGAGUUCACGGAGAAGGAGGCCAAAGGGUACGUGAAAAGACAAGAUAGGCCUUGCCAGGGUCGCGCCAUUCUUGAGGACGUCCGGCAUUUUGUGUCCGGAAUGUGAGGAAAAAGGCAGUUUCGGAAAGUUGAAGAAGGCCUUGCCGGCAUCUGGUCCUUCAGUCCUAGUGAUGACACAUUUCCACCCUUCGCCACACCUACAAAAUGCCUUGCUGAUGCUAGAGUUGCCUCCGGCUGCUGCAACAGACCUGCAUAAAUUUGAGGCAGUUAAUUUUAAGUAUGAUCAUUGGAAUUGAACGGCACAGUGCAUCUAAAACAACCAUUGAAUUGUCAGUACAACAUAAACACAACUUUAGCAUCUUCUUCUCUUAUUAUUCAUGUAGUGACAGGAAUGAAACCUGACUGAUUGCUCGCCACUGUUCUGAGUCUCCAUUUUCCUGAAUUUGUUGGACUUCUUUGAUCUUCUUGUUCGUCUUGAUGAGCUAUGGACCUUUCUAUCUAUGUAAGGCCAGUUGAAAUGUCAAGAAACCAUUGAUUGUAAAGACAAAACAAUUUUGUUUAUAAGGAUACAACUGUUGAUACA